GAAAAAAAAUUUGAUACACUUUUAAACUUAAACAUUUUUUUUAACUAUAUCCACACUUGUAAGAAAUUAAAAAAAAUUAAAUAAAAAACGUUUCUUAAGAUUUUUGAAUUUUGAAAUUAAAAAGCAGUUGACCUAAAAAACAAGUGUAUAAGUGUGUGUUGGAGUAUUAUAAAAAAAAUUAAAAAAAAACAUUUUUUUUUAAAGAAAUGUAAGGGGAAAAUGUGUCAUUCUUUUCACUUACUGCUCACAGUUAACAACAGCCUUAACUGAAUCUGUACUAGAAAAAACUACUCAUCGUUUGGCUUUAAAUUACAACGUGCAAGGAUUAUGCUGUCAAUAAACAAAUUAAAUAUCAAUGUAAUCAAUUAUGACAUCAAAUGUUAACAGACGCUAUCUUGGCCUCUAUUUGUCCCUAAAUAUUGUUGGUAAAACUACGAAAACCAUAGAAAACAAUGAAAAUUUUUAGCAUAUAAGAAGCAAGGAAAAACUGGACAACACAAAGAUAAAAAACAAAUUUCAAUAUAAAACAAGAAAACAACAAACUAUUUACUUACUGCUAUAACAAAGAAAAUUAAAUAAAAGAAGCUACAAAACAAAAACAAAAAAAUCAAUAUAUAGUACAUAUAAUAAUACAAUUACAACUGAAUUGUAUUAAGGAAUAACAACAACAGCAAUAAUAAAAAAACAAAGUAACUAAACCAAUCAGUCAAUCAGUCAGAGCGGCGCAAAAAGACAGCCUAAACGUCAAAACAGCCCCUUCAUCAGUUUAAAUGUCCUGCCAUCAUUAUCAGCAACACCGCCAAUACCUAUAACACUCCUACUACUAACAACAACAACAAUAUUGGACAAAAGACCCUUAAGUCUGCAACUGGCCACGAGUAUUUUUUUAAACAUAAAAUAAGCCAAAGCAAAAAGUAAUAAGAAUUACUAACAGGACAACAACCAUUGCCAUAAAAAUAACAGACAGUUAGAAGAAGAAAAAAAAAGGACACCACUUAAAGUAAAGUGAGUGUGUCUGCGCGUGCAAGUGGUUGAGUGAGAGUGUUUAGUGCCGCAAAUAUGGGGAAGAAAAGCUCCAAAUUGAAACAGGACACCAUUGAUCGUUUAACAACGGAUACCUAUUUUACAGAAAAAGAAAUCAGACAAUGGCAUAAAGGAUUCUUAAAAGACUGUCCCAAUGGUUUACUCACAGAGCAAGGCUUUAUAAAAAUCUACAAACAAUUUUUCCCUCAAGGAGAUCCUAGUAAAUUUGCCUCGUUAGUUUUCCGGGUAUUUGAUGAAAAUAAUGAUGGUUCAAUAGAAUUUGAAGAAUUUAUACGAGCUUUGUCGGUAACAUCGAAAGGCAAUUUAGAUGAAAAAUUACAAUGGGCUUUUCGUUUAUACGAUGUGGACAAUGAUGGUUAUAUAACGCGAGAGGAAAUGUACAACAUAGUUGAUGCCAUUUAUCAAAUGGUGGGCCAACAACCCCAGGCGGAGGAUGAAAAUACACCUCAGAAACGAGUGGAUAAAAUAUUUGAUCAAAUGGAUAAAAAUCAUGAUGGCAAAUUAACAUUAGAAGAAUUUCGUGAGGGUAGUAAAGCUGAUCCACGUAUAGUUCAGGCGUUAAGUUUAGGUGGUGGUUAAAUCCUUUUCCUAUUAGUUAAAAAGGGUUUACCAUUUAAAUUCGUUUCCUUCUAUUUAUACUCAAAACUAAUAACAAACUUUAAAGCUUUAAAGCUGUCUCUCUAACAUACCAAAGAUAUCUAAGUUUUUCUUUUUUAAAAUAUUUUUUUCAAACUUAAAAACAAAACAGUUAUUUUACUGAAAUAUAAUUAAAAUAUUUUCUUUAAAUCUAAAAAAAUUAAUUUACUUCUUUAAAAUUUAAAUCCCUCUUAAACUUUUAAGAGCUUUUAUAAAAAAAGCUCUUUUGUACUUAAACUAUAUUUAUUGGUUUUUUGUAAAUUUAAUACAAAUGAAAACAUUUUUAGCCAUUAAUAUUUAAAAAAAACUAAUGUUUAACAAUGUCAAUACACCAAUUAAGAACAAAAAAACAAAUAAAUUAUUAAUUAAUUUAAUUCAAUAAUAAUAAAUUAUUAAUAAUAUAACAACAACAAAAAAUAUUAAUUAAAUAAAACAGCCUUUGAUAUUUGAAUGAGUUGGAAAAAUCUGAAAAAACUCAAAAAAUAAUUCAUAAAAACAAAUCAUAUUUAAUAUUUAUUAAAGUAAAUUUAAUUAUAAAGAAGUAAAGAAAAACCAAAAUAUAAAUAAAACGUUUUUUAUAUUAGCUUUUAGCCUUAUUGUUAUUAGCAUUAGCCAGACAUUUUAACAAAAGAAAAAAAACUCCUCCCCCCCAAAAUAUUAAGAAAAAAAUUUAGUAAAAAAAAUUGUUAGGAUUUCCAAAAGAAAUUUCUCUUUUAUUGGCAUUAUAGAGUAAAAAUUUAAGCUCCAAUUUUUUAACUAUUUUCUUCCUUAAGAUUAGAACUACUCCUCCGAUUAAUCAUAACAUUGGGUUUCUACUGCAUCGUCUUUUUAAGCCAAAAAACAUAAAUCCAUCAUACUGAUUUAAUUUCUAUUCUAUAUGCGGUUCAGCUUUAUUAAUUUUUUUAAAUAGUUAUAUAAGUAUGUUUAACAGUUUUUUUCAAAAUUGAAUUAUUAUUAUUAUUAUUAAUUUUUUAAAUAAAGGUUUGUAAUAAAUGAAUAAAAAAUCAUAGUUUUUAAGAUUUUUAUUUAAUACUUUUACAGGGUGUUAACCAACUUUUUCGACUUUUUAUUGUUUUUUAAUAAUCGUGUGACCCAUAUACAUAUGUAUUUUAUUUAUACGGACGGACGGGUGCAAAGUAUUAACGUUUAUUAGAAAUGAUCUCCUUUAAUUGUUAGUGUUUUAUCAAGAACGUUCUAUAGAAAUACUCACAAGGAAAACGUCACUCUUGAUCCAUGAUCUAUUACAGAAUAGUCUAUAACCUCUGUGUUCUAGGUUAAAAAAAGUUUAAAAAAAGGUUAAGAAAGUGUCACAGAGUGUAUGAUCAUUAUGACACAACGUACAUUGUCGUAAUGUUCAUGAGAUGGAGCCCACCUACAACAGAGUGAAUAGUAAUUUUAUUUUACUCUUAUAGAUCAUUCGUAUUCUAGGAAACUUUUCAGUUCAUGUAAACAGAUAUUGUCAUAAAUUUUAUGGACUUGUCAUUAGUUUUGGGCAAAUUAAUAUCAUUAAACCUACAAAAUAUUAUAACAUUUCCAACUGAGAUGAAUGCGACUAAAGUCAUCAUGUACCUGUCAUAACACCUAAUGUUAUAAUGUCCACAGAUUAUGUGACGUAUAAAAAGUGUCGUAAUAUCCAAGGGCUGUGUGACAAACUUGAAAAACUGAUUAAAGUUAAAGCGAUCCCAUGCAUUCUUUAUGCCAUUAGAGAAAGCUGAUUGAAUUGAUUUGCUAAACGAUCGUGUACUAUUAGUAAUCAAAUAAAAACUUGUCAUAUGUCAAAAGACAAAAUGACACAUUUUUGGAGUUCAUGACAUGACAAACUGUCACUUCAUGGUUUUCGCUUUGUCUUAAAAAGCUUUAAGGAUAAACUUAAAAGGUUUUGAGCUUUAAUAAACAAAAUUUAACUUUCACAACCUCUAAUGUCAUAAUGUCCACAGAUUAUGUGACAUAUAGAAACUGUCACAAGGGCUUAGUGACACACUUGAAAAGCUGAUUAAAUUUGAUGGCAUUCCAAUGCAUUCUUUUUACAAUUGGAGAAAGCAGAUUGAAUUGAUAUGCUAAACGGUCGUGUACUAUUAGUAAUCAAAUGAAAAUUUGUCACAUGUCAAAGGGCAAAAUGACACAUUUUAGAAGUUCAUUACAUGACAAACUAUCACUUCAUAGGAUAAACUUAAAAGGCUUUAAGCUCUAAUAAACAAAAUUUUUUUUAAUGAUUGUCAGUUAUCAGAUUUCUGGUCAUUAGUUCUUAGCAAAAAUGUGACAAACUAAUAAGAUAUAUUGUUUAAGAAAACCUUUUGCUUUUUUGAAAGUACUUAUUUAGAAAAUAGAUAUGAAGGAAAAUUCAUUUGACUAAGUCCACAUGAUUCCCUAAUGACUCGGAUUAAUUCCCAGGGGAAUUUGUUAAUAACUUCAAUUGCAAUUAAACAGCAAAGGAAAAGUGACAAGGACAAAUUAAACAUGUUUGUAAAUACGUGUGUGUUUACAAAGGUUUUAGCAAAAAAAACAAAGAAAAUUAUUGUACAGACAUUGUUUAACUUUUCAGUAAAUAUUCUACACUCUUUAAACAAAUGUGUUGAAAAUGUGUAUAUUGUAUAUGACUUUUCACGCAUUCCUUUUAUAAUUGCAACACCCUGUAAGUUUGUUUAUUUUUAUUUAAUUUAUUUAAUAUUUUUAACAAUUUUCUAACACUUUUACUUAUACAACAUAAUUGGCACGCUUUUAGGGGUAAUUGUAACUUCACCAUGUAGUUUACUCUCUGUCUCUUUUACAUUGUAAGUAUAUGCAUUGUAAAUUUCUUUUAAAACAUCAUAUUAGUAACAACUUCUAAGCCGAAGGACCAUUAAACCUAAAAGUAUGCUAAUAAAUUUGUAAUUUUUUUAAACCACCAAAGUAUAAAAGUAACACCUCACUGAAAUUCUUCAACAAAUUAACAAAUAUUUUUUUAACUAACAAAUAACAAACAUUUUUGCAAACUAAACUCUUGUUUAACGAACAAAAUUUGUAUAAAAAAAUUAAGCUUAAUAAAGUCUAAAUUGAACAAAAAAAUAGCUGUUUAAAACAAUAUUUAUUUAGUUUAACAUAAUAAAUAAAACAACAUUAGCUGAAAAUAUACAAAAGUGGAAAAAAAAAUCAAUUAAAAACUGCUAUACAAUUGUAUAAAAAAACAACAACACACAAAAUUAUAAACAAAUUUGGGCAAAAAAUUUAAACAACAAAUUGCAGACAAAAUAAAAUCCCAUAAACAAUUAACAAAAAAAAAAAAAUAAUAAUAAUAAACUAUAUAAGAGAAAUAAAAAACACAAUACUAGCACAAAUUUUUAUUGUAUAACAAAAAACAACAAAAUAUGAAAAAAUAGCUUGUAAAUAACACCAAAAACAAACUAAAUUAAUCUUCUAAACUUACUCUAUAUUUAUUGUAUUUAUACUAAAAAAAUAUUUAUAUAUAAAUAACAGCAACAAUAAUAAUAAAUAUUUACAAAUUUAAAUAUUUAUUUCCAUACUUUUCAACAUUUGAACAAAAUAUCACUAUUUUUCACACAUAUUUCAAUCAUUCACACCACAACAACUUUCAUACAUACAUAGAUACCAGCUCACAGAUACAUUACACAACUACCUAAAUAAUGCAAACAAAAAAAAAAAACAUACAAAUAUUUAUGGUUAAAUAAAUUUUGAAACAAAAAAAAAAAAAA